GUUUGAGUUCAUCACCUAGGUCAUAAUGGCGAUAGACAUAAAAACAAUGGCCACUACCGUUGCAGUAUUUGGGGUCUUAUCUCUCUUAUUUGGUGUAAUUGCUGAGAACAAAAAGCCGGCAUUUGGAAAUCCAGAAAUUCAGACAUCACCCCUUCGAGUAAUUUGCAACUAUCCAUCGGAUCCCACUGUUGUUCUUGGUUUCUUAUCCAUUGCAUCACUCACUACUUCAGUUGUGCUGGGAUAUUACUCUGUGUUUUAUCCUUACAAUUCCACAUCUGUUCCUUAUUAUGUCUUCUUCCGAUCCAUCCCUUUCUUCGUCUUUUUCCUCAUCACCAUGGGACUGUCGAUGUUGGGAGAAGGGAUGUUAACAUGGGUAACCAUCACAGAGCUCCUUCAUUUAACUAACAACGUUCAUAAAGACAUGAAGACCACAUGUCCCACCGCCAAGACCGGUUUGUUCGGCGGCGCCGCUUUCAUGGCCCUCAAUGCUUCGCUUUUCUGGUUGAUAUGUCUCAUGCUCGCCGGUGAUGUACGAAAAGACUACUUUGUAGAACAAGGCGACAGUAAAGCUCAGGUUUUCAUAACAGACGACGACGACGACGACGACAAGAAGCAGCAGUCCCACAAUGAAGAAGUUAUGUAUUAGACGAAGGAUUUCUUGCUUUUAUAUUUUGUUUUAAAUAAUUAUGUAGAAUCCAACUUAACACUUUUUCCUACUUCAUAAAGUAGAAGAUUCAUACCCAAAACGAUAAAUAGCCCAUUUAUUAUUGUUGUUAGCUGGU